AUGCUAAUUCUCAAAGACCUCAGGACCAAAAGAAGUCCCUGGCAGUUUCAAAUCCGCGGAGCUCGAGGGCAAUACAAUAUCCUACCAGGCUUUAUCGUCAUGAAGUUCGGCGAGCAGCUCCGCUCGAGUAUAAUUGACGAGUACGAAUGGUACUACAUCGCCUACGAUGAGCUGAAGGAGACUCUGAAGAAGGAUUAUGUGUCGCCUCCCACCAAGCAGAACCCCAAACCGAAGAGGCAGGAGUGGACCGAGGAGGACGAGGGCAAGUUUAUCUCGCGCAUCGAGCAGGAAUUAGAUAAAGUCUAUACGAAGCAGAAGCUCAAGAUCAUUGAGAUAUCCAGACGGAUCGGGAGUACCGAGAAGGAGGUCAAAGAUGUUGUGCAGAGAAUGGAAAGUAGGAGGCCCAGGGCCAGAGAUGGUAGUGGUGUCCAGGAUAAUGAUGAGCCGGAUAGCGAGGACUUCAUGCUGCUGGAGGAAGAUCUGAACGAGAUCACUGCAGAGGUCAAUGAUCUCGCCAAAUUCGUCCAGCUGAACUACACGGGCUUCCAGAAGAUCAUCAAGAAGCACGACAAACAAACGAAAUGGAUCCUUAAACCUGUUUUUGCGACGCGACUAAAGGCCAAGCCAUUUUUCAAGGAUAACUACGAUUCGGACAUCAUCAAGCUUUCAAAAUUGUGGGAUACUGUCAAGUCGAAGGGAAAGCCUGUGACGGGUGAUAGCGCCGCAGGUGGUAGCCAGGGCAGCUUCAUUCGACAAACAACCAAAUACUGGGUGCACAAGGACAAUAUAACCGAGGUGAAGCUUAUCAUAAUGAAGCAUCUCCCCGUUCUCGUUUUCAACUCAAAUAAAGAGUUUGAUGAGAAAGACACGGCCAUUACUUCCAUCUACUACGAUAACCCCGAAGUGUGGGAUCUCUACGAAGGUCGCCUGAAAAAGACAGAAGGCGCGGAAGCGAUACGUCUGCGAUGGUAUGGUGGAAUGGAUACAGAAACCAUUUUCGUGGAGAGGAAGACACAUCGUGAAGACUGGACUGGAGAGAAGUCAGUAAAGGCUAGAUUUGCUAUGAAGGAGAAGAAUGUCAAUGCAUACCUACAAGGAGCCAUGCUUCCGGAAGCCAUUUUCGAAAAGGCACGGAAAGAUGGGAAGAAACCUGCUGCGGUCAUAAACGAGGAUGAACGACUUGCAAAGGAAAUCCAGUAUUCGAUAUUGAAAAAAGGGUAUAAGCCAGUCUGCCGAUCGUUUUACCACCGUACCGCCUUUCAACUACCUGCUGAUGCUCGAGUUCGAAUUUCUCUCGACACGGAACUUACAAUGGUUCGCGAGGAUAACCUCGACGGGCGUGCCAGAGCUGGUGACAACUGGAGACGAAUGGAUAUUGGAAUCGACUUUCCGUUCUCGCAAUUGCCACCUGAGGAUAUUGAAAUAUUUCCAUACGCAGUUCUUGAGGUGAAGCUUCAGACGCAAUCUGGCCAAGAACCACCUGAUUGGGUUCGACAGCUGAUUUCCAGCCAUCUGGUUGAAGCUGUACCAAAAUUCUCUAAAUUUAUUCACGGGACAGCAACACUCUUCCCUACUCGUAUCAAUUUGAUCCCUUUCUGGUUCCCACAGAUGGAUAUCGAUAUUCGUAAACCCGCCACACAUAAUUUUGGCAUCCACCAUGCUCCUCGGACGAAUACAACUAGCACUAGCGACGACGAGGAUGACGAUUCCGACGAUGAUUACGAUAUCUCACAGGAGUCAUCAAACACUGCUGUUGCAAAUAGCUCGGACGAGAAUAUUAAUCGAUUACGCAAGACCCGCGAUGAACUGGGCGAUCGAGACUUACAGAACCGUGCUACCGGAAACUCUCUAGACAUUGAAGAGCAAUUAGCUGCGCUUCCUCUCAAUGAGGAUUACCCUCUAUAUGAUUCCGAUGAGGAAGAUGACGAGGUAGAAGCCAUCGAAGAAGCGCGUCGAAUUGGAGGUUGGCCAUAUUACUCGAAGGUUAUAAAGAAGCACGCAAGAUUGGCUGGUCAGUCCGUGCUUAACACUCUGCGUAUAGUCAAGCCAAUAGCAAAGCCAUCAGAGGUCCCUAGAAGUGGAAUGCAAGCUCAACUUGGAGAGGGUAGGAUUAUCAGCAGGAGAUUCAAAGCACCAAAGGGGAAGAAGAUUCAUGUGCCGGUGAGAGUAGAGCCAAAGGUCUUCUUUGCUGCCGAGAGGACUUUCUUGUCUUGGCUUGAGAUUUCCAUCUGGCUCGCUUUAGCAGCCACGACACUACUGAAUUUCGGCGACAAGCCAUCACGCAUGUCCUUCUUUGCCGCUGGAAGUUUGACUGCCAUUGCCGCUUUUUUCCUCCUCUACUCCGUCGGUAUCUACAUGUGGAGAAGUUAUGCAAUCCGGACGCGGAAGGCUAUCAAAUACCACGAUAAAUUUGGACCAACCAUGUUAUGUGUGAUGUUGGUCCUCACUCUGGUACUGAAUGCUGUGUUUGAGUUGAAGGAAAGGGAGUUUAUUUGA